GCGCUUCAUGCCACUACGUCACCAAUCGGCGACUGUGUUUGAGUUUGUAAACAUUGCCUCGAAACUACAGAGAGGGGUAAAAAUAACAAAAAAGCAUGGAGAAUCUGGUGAAGGUGCACGGAGGUGGAGGCUAUGACUCCGACUUCAGCGACGAUGAUGAGGAGGGAGAGUCGUCAGAGAGAGGCGUUAAAAGGAAACGUGAGGAGGAAAUCUUACAGAAGCCAUUCCAGAAAGGCCGACACUCGAAGGUGGCUCACCAGAGUUUACACUCUAAUGAACUGGACAGAGAGGAAGCCCGGAACAGAAGAGCCCACCUGAUAUCAAUGAACGCUUUUGAGCGCCAUAAGAAGUUUGUUGGGGACUACAUACUUUAUUAUGGAGGACAGAUGGCCGACUUCAAACGCACUGCAGACAAAGACAAAACAGACGCGGAUGUGCUCCGUGAGAACCACCGCUUCCUCUGGAGGGAUGAGGACGAGGAAGACAUGACAUGGGAAAAAGAACUCGCCAAGAAGUAUUACGACAAGCUGUUUAAAGAGUACUGCAUAGCCGACCUGAGCAGAUACAAGGAGAACAAGUUUGGAUUUCGUUGGCGGACUGAGAAUGAAGUUGUCUCUGGCAAAGGUCAGUUCCAGUGUGGAAACAAACGUUGCGAAAAGGACGAAGGCCUAAAAAGCUGGGAGGUGAAUUUUGCCUACGUGGAACUGGGCGAGAAGAGAAAUGCAUUGGUCAAACUCAGACUAUGUCCCGAGUGCUCUUUCAAACUCAACUACCACCACAAGAGGAAGGAGGUGAAAGCAAAGACAAAGACUAAAAGGUUAUCGGAGGAGAACCAGGAACCGCAGACGAAGAGGAAGAAGAGGAAGAGAUUGUCUUCACACUCCAAGAAGCACAAGCACAAACACAAGAGACACAGAGAUCGCUCCGCCUCUUCCAGCAGCUCAGAGGAGUCACGGGACUCGGACAAAGACUCCGAAGGUGGCGCUGAGCCAGAUGGCCAAUCCGAAGCUGACCAUUGGCGAGGACCCGCCCCCGCUGUGGAGGAAAAGUCAAGGGAGGAGGAGUUCGAUGAAUACUUCCAAGACAUGUUUCUUUGACAGCUGGUGUCGGCCGCAACCCUGCUGUGACUACGCUCCGUUCUGCACGCCACAGAUAUUAGUUAGUUAUCUUUUGAGUCGUGCGCUUGUCAUUCUCUUUGUCUAUAUGUUUAAUUACUGCAACAGAAAUAAACAAUGUUUUCCCUGCA